GUCGCGCUCCUCCUCGCUCGUCGCCAUCGUCAGUUCACCGCCCAAGAUGGUCCUCAGCACGCGUCUCUCGGUCGCCGCCCUCGCCGGGCUCCUGCUCGCGCUGUUUCCCACCUCGGUCGCGGCCACGGCCUGUCAACCAGGCACGUACUCGUCGAGCGGCCAAACACCGUGCUGGAGUUGCCCCGGCGGGACGUACUCCGACACCGUUGGGUCGAACCAGUGCCACCCGUGCCCGGCGGGCAAGUACGCCGGGGCGGGCGCGUCGAGCUGCAACGUCUGUCCCGCGGGCUCGUACUCGUUCAUCGCCUCGAGCGUGUGCACGAGCUGUCCUGCGGGCACGUACGCCGCUGCAGGCGCGACCUCGUGCACGAGCUGCCCUGCGGGCACGUAUGGGGCGACUGCGAAUGCGGGCGCGUGCACGCCCUGCCCCGCCGGUACGUUCUGCGCGGGAUCGCGUCAGACGAGCUUCGUGCGGUGCCUUGCUGGGACGUACUCCUCCGUCCCGGGGCAGAGUUCGUGCACUGCGUGUCCCGCGGGGUCGUUCGCGACGUAUGCAGGCUCGACGGCGUGCUGCUCAUGUUGUGCUGGCUUCUAUUCUGCCAACGGGGGGUCGACGUCGUGCACGAGCUGCCCCGCUAGCGGCUCCUACUCACCCCCCGGCGCCACGAGCUCCACUCAAUGCCUCUCCGACGUCGCAGGCGGUCUCGCCACCUGCGCAGCCUCGACCACCGACGGCAGCUGUCCGGCCGUUGGAGGCGCCGUCAUCUCGCAGGCCGCGCCCGUGCGUCGGCGCGGCCCCGUCCGGCGUGCAUGCCCGAGCGGCUCCCAAAGCUGCCCCGUCUACGGAACGACGCUGCGUCGGCGCGGGUACCUGAAGGGGUAUGAGUGUGUCGAGGUGCAGCGCGACCUCGAGAGCUGCGGCGGGUGCGUCGCGCACGACUCGCCCUUCGGAGAACGUACCGCUGGGGGCGGCCGCGACUGCAGCGCGAUUCCCCAUGCUGAUGGGGUGAAGUGCGAGAACGGUGUUUGUGUCAUUGCGAGGUGCGGACGCGGAUAUGUGCUUUCGCAGGAUGGGGAGAACUGCGUGGACCCGCUCGCUAUCCAGGCAUGAGA